ACUUUGAUUUUUGAGGAGACUCACAAUAGAAAGACUUGCUUCUUCUACUGGAAAACAGUUGGUAGUAUUUGCUUGGUGGGGAAGUCUAUGGAGCAGGGAAUCAGCCAUAGCUGGGCUCAAGGACUGCAGAUUAAUAGCUAGAGUAUGCCCAACACUGGUCAGUAAAGGAUGUCCGCACUAGAGCUCCUCCUGCUGGCCCCAAACCCUAACCGCAUCUACCUCUCGCGGGCAUGAAGGCUGGAUGGAACCUUCAAGGGCCAGUGGAACUAACUUCUGCGUGGCCCUCCUCACGUGGCACCCUUCACCACGGUUGCUCUGAGACACAACCGCAGCUGCGCUGGAUCCGCAAGAGUACAACCCUCCAGGUGAUUCUUGUCACUUAGAAGAGCCUUUGAAGUUUAUUACAUUUUUUUGUAAGUCAUCGCAUAACGGGAGAGGAACUUAUCCUCACAUCCCUCCAUUAUAUCUUGAUGAAUAUGCCACAGAAUCGUUUGUGGAUAAAAAAGGAACUGAGAGUCUUGGGGACCAUACAGCUAAUGACAAGCCUGAUUAUACAGAGCCUAGGAUACUUCUGGACAUACCUGUUCUUUUCUCAAAGUAUUGUAUUUGGACUGGGAAGCAAUUAUCCUCCUAUCAUAGGAACUUCAGGAUACACACUUUGGGCCUCCUUGCUUUUUAGCCUAUCAGGAAGUUUAUCAAUAAUACUACAGAAGAGGCCUUCAAAUCAUACGCUGAUCUGGACCAUGACAAUGAAUAUCCUAAGCAUCUUCGCAACACUAGUUGGUUUGUUUUUAACAACAGUCGAAAUGAUAGUGACUUCAAGUGUAUAUUCUACCCUGUGGCAAUAUAAGAGUGGCAGGGUGCUUACAGAAUAUCUGUUCCUGUUCAGCAUGUUGGAGUUGUUCAUGGCAUCCAUAGUAACUGAGUGGACCUAUAGAGCAAGACAAAUAGAAUAAAACAGUUGACUGGUAUUAUCGAUGUUGCCCUUUUCCUUAGUGUUAAGAGGAGUAUCACGGCCUCAGUCAAGGAGUUGAUGAGUGAAGAACUUUGUUCAAGAGACACCUUGGAAAGUGGUAUUUUAUCAAGUCUUCCUCAGCAUUUCAUCUCCUGCAUUUCAUUAAUAAAAACUGAUAGCAAUGAA